ACUCGUUGACGCCGUUUUGGAUUCCACCAACUUUCAUCGGCCUGCGCUAGUACGUCAUUUGCAUUUUACGCUUUCAAAUACAUUCACAUGUUUCCGAAUAGAUUCAAUAGGCUCUUGUUUUAUUUGCCUCAUAUCAUAUCCCUUGCAAGAGCCUUUAAGUCACCACACAAUCAGAUCCUGCAGGCUGUCACUUUCUCUCCUUUACAUUCGAGAAGCCAAGUAUUAUUUUCUACUCUAGGCGAAAAAAUGGUCAGACCACGUGUAUUCUUUGAUAUUUCCAUCGGCGGAGUUGGCGCUGGACGCGUCGAAUUCGAGCUCUAUAGCGACAUCGUACCAAAGACUGCUGAGAAUUUCCGCAAGCUGGCCACCGGAGAACAUAAACACCCAUCCGUCAACUUGCAUUACAAGAACUCAAUUUUCCACCGUAUUAUUCCCCAAUUCAUGUGCCAAGGUGGUGAUAUCACUCGCCACAACGGUACUGGUGGACUCAGCAUUUACGGUGACAAGUUCCAAGAUGAGAACUUUAACGUCAAGCACACCAAACCAGGACUCUUGUCCAUGGCCAACGCUGGUCCAAACACCAAUGGAUCUCAAUUUUUUAUUACUACCGUUCCAUGCCCAUGGUUGGACGGAAAGCACGUUGUCUUUGGCGAAGUAGUUUCCGGUAUGGACGUUGUCAAGAAGAUGGAGGCUGCUGGAACUUCAAGUGGAAAGACAUUGAAGGAAGUCAAGAUUGUUGAUUGCGGUCAACUCUAAUAGAUAUAUAUAACAUUAAUUUGUUCAUCUAACUC